CUCGCCCGUGCCGCUCUGACUCUCUCCGCUCUCCCUGCCCUGGGCUCAAGCAGCAGCUGAAGUCGCCACCACCGAGCUCUGCCCGUGCCCCGCUGCCGAUCGCUGCGCAGGUUUGGAACGCGCGCCAUUUUGUGAGCGAUAGAAAAUCUGCCCGGCCAGGAAACGCCGCGGAUCCGCCCGCCGGGCCGGGCUGCCCUCCUCCAGGAGAGGGAGGUGCGCGAUUGGCUCCGCUUCGGGGCCAAGGCCCUGGUCCCUUUUGCACGGGCCCCGAGCGUGUCGGGCGAAGUGAUCCACGCCGGGUGGGAAAGACUGCGGAGAGGCUGCUGGGCUGGGCCGCUGGCUGAGGAGGGUAAUGAACUGAACCCAGCCGCCGCUCACUCCCCUCCUGAAUCCCGAGACAGGAGGGAGGCCUUGGUCAGCACAGGACAACUGCGGCAGCCCGGACAGUAACCAGAGGCGGCCACCGCCCCGAUAUACGGGUUUGCUGCUGGCCUCUUCCCCCCACCCUACAGGAUGGUAUGAGAUUUGAAAGAAGACGAUGCAUACAGAGGGUGAUCGAGGAAUGGGAGAAGAGAUCAGGAGCCAAGGAUUGUUUCCAUCUUUUCAAAACUUCUAAAGGGAAGUCAUUUCCCUUUGUUCAGCUUUGCUGCUAUACCACUGGUUGAGGGGAGGAAAAGAAGAUUGUGGCAGCAAAUACCAAUUGAAGGCAGUAACUGCUUCAUCACUCUUGUAGAGAGUAAGGAAGGAUGAUCUUGGAGGAGGAGGAGAGACUUCAGCAUGCAAACCUUCAACUGUUCGGCUUGCACCAUCAUUUUCAUUCCAUGCUGCUGGCCUUCAGAUGGCUGGACAGAUGUCCCAUUCACAUCAGCAGUACAGUGAUCGUCGACAGCAGAACAUAAGCGACCAACAAGUUUCUGCCUUACCAUAUGCUGAUCAGAUUCAGCAGCCUCCUACUAACCAGAGGCGAAUGCCACUAACUUUCCGUGAUCCAGCAGCUGCUCCUUUAAGGAAACUGUCUGUGGAUUUGAUCAAAACAUACAAACAUAUUAAUGAGGUUUACUAUGCAAAAAAGAAGCGACGACAUCAACAGGGACAAGGAGAUGAUUCUAGUCACAAAAAAGAGCGGAAGGUUUAUAAUGAUGGAUAUGAUGAUGACAACUAUGACUAUAUUGUGAAAAAUGGGGAAAAAUGGAUGGAUCGUUAUGAAAUUGAUUCUUUAAUAGGCAAAGGCUCAUUUGGACAGGUUGUAAAGGCAUAUGACCGUGUGGAACAGGAGUGGGUAGCUAUUAAAAUUAUAAAGAACAAGAAGGCUUUCCUAAAUCAAGCCCAAAUUGAAGUGCGACUUCUUGAGCUUAUGAACAAACAUGACACAGAAAUGAAAUAUUACAUAGUGCAUUUGAAGCGUCACUUUAUGUUCCGAAACCAUCUCUGUUUAGUUUUUGAAAUGCUCUCCUAUAAUCUUUAUGACCUUCUGCGGAAUACAAAUUUCAGAGGGGUUUCAUUGAACUUGACGCGAAAGUUUGCACAACAGAUGUGUACUGCACUGCUUUUUCUUGCAACUCCUGAACUUAGUAUCAUUCACUGUGAUCUAAAACCCGAAAACAUCUUGCUGUGUAACCCCAAACGAAGCGCUAUCAAAAUAGUUGAUUUUGGCAGUUCUUGCCAGCUUGGACAGAGGAUAUAUCAAUAUAUCCAGAGUCGCUUUUAUCGAUCACCUGAGGUGCUAUUGGGAAUGCCUUAUGAUCUUGCAAUUGAUAUGUGGUCCCUUGGUUGUAUCUUAGUGGAAAUGCACACUGGAGAACCUCUUUUCAGUGGAGCAAAUGAGGUUGAUCAGAUGAAUAAAAUAGUGGAAGUUUUGGGUAUACCACCUGCUCAUAUUCUUGACCAAGCACCAAAAGCAAAAAAGUUUUUUGAGAAGUUGCCAGAUGGCUCUUGGACCUUAAAAAAGACCAAAGAUGGGAAAAGGGAGUAUAAACCACCUGGAACCCGUAAACUUCACAAUAUACUUGGAGUUGAAACAGGAGGACCAGGAGGGCGUCGUGCUGGGGAGUCGGGUCAUACUGUAGCUGACUACUUGAAGUUUAAAGACCUCAUCUUAAGGAUGCUUGAUUAUGAUCCAAAAACCCGAAUUCAACCUUAUUAUGCUCUGCAGCAUAGUUUCUUUAAGAAAACAGCAGAUGAAGGUACAAACACAAGUAACAGUGUCUCUACAAGUCCUGCUAUGGAGCAGUCGCAGUCUUCAGGAACCACUUCUAGCACAUCUUCAAGCUCAGGUGGCUCUUCGGGGACAAGCAACAGUGGAAGAGCACGGUCAGAUCCAACACACCAGCAUCGACAUAGUGGUGGACACUUCACUGCUGCUGUACAAGCUAUGGAUUGUGAAACGCACAGUCCUCAGGUUCGACAGCAGUUUCCUCCUCCUCUUGGUUGGCCAGGAACUGAAGCUCCUACACAAGUCACUGUUGAAACCCAUCCAGUUCAAGAAACCUCUUUCCAUGUUACUCCUCAGCAACAAAAUGCAUUACACCAUCAUCAUGGAAAUAAUUCCCACCACCACCAUCACCACCACCAUCAUCACCACCAUCAUCAUGGACAGCAGGCCUUGGGUAAUCGGACCAGGCCAAGGGUCUACAAUUCUCCAACAAACAGCUCGUCCACCCAAGAUUCCAUGGAGGUGGGCCAUGGUCACCACUCCAUGACAUCCCUGUCUUCCUCAACAACUUCUUCCUCUACAUCUUCCUCCUCAACUGGUAAUCAAGGCAAUCAGGCCUAUCAGAACCGCCCUGUGGCUGCUAACGCGUUAGACUUUGGACAAAAUGGAGCUAUGGACGUCAAUUUAACGGUCUAUUCUAAUCCACACCAAGAAACUGGCAUAGCAGGACAUCCAACGUACCAGUUUUCUGCUAACACAGGUCCUGCUCAUUACAUGACUGAAGGACAUCUUACAAUGAGACAGGGAAUUGAUAGGGAAGAAUCUCCCAUGACAGGAGUUUGUGUUCAGCAAAGUCCUGUGGCCAGCUCGUGACUAAACUGAAACAGAUUUGUUUCUUGUGUGUUUUUAUAGAAGUGGUGUUUUUCCAAAAAAAAAAAAAAAAAAAAAGUGCAAAGCUGCUUGAAUCAGGAGGAGAUAGACUUAUUGAACCGCUACAGAAGGGCAAAGCUAACUAUUUUUUUAAACUUGAACAGAUUGCAGUGAAGUUUUUAGAGCCAUGUUCAUACCUAUCCUAGAUAGCUUUGAGAAGAUUUCUCACCUUUUUGCCCGUUUUAAUUACUACAACCAAGUCACAUAUAUAUUUUUCCCCUUGUUCAACAGAAUGAAUAUUCAAGAGUUGAUCUUAGUUGCAAGCAUAUUUUAAGGCAUGCCCAGAAUCAUAUAAAUGGGCAUUUUGAGGUUUUUCUUUCUUUCUUUUUUUAAUAUUAAGGGGGGAGGGGUGGGGAGUAAUAAUGAAUUUCCAUUCCCCAAACAUACAUGAACACAAAAAGCAGUACUGUAAGGAAGAGGGACCCUAAGAUUACAAAACAGAAUCUUUAGCUGUAAAAAGGAUGGUUGUAAUGGUAUUCAUGAGACACAUUAAGCAUGCUAAGUGGCGGUGAUUAAGACUCCUUAUCUGAACCUAUUGAGAAUCAAAGCAGCAAUUAUAUUGGGAUUCUGUGUCUCAUGUUUGAGGCUACAAUCAGUUAGUAUUGAAAUAAGACUGGUCCUGUAAGUAAGGUGCACUGAGAAGCAAUCAACAGGUUGGUCUUGACCAGUCCAGGGGAAGUCUUAAGUGGUGGUCUUUGGGAUAACCUUUGGCCUUAUGGAUUUGGACUCUAAGUUAGAAGAGCCUACCAUUUCAGAUGCAAUCACUUUUGGACAUGUUUUUGCAGACAGUCCUUAAUGCUGAAAACACAGAGAAUGGGUAAUUCAAGAGGCCUUUCUUUUAAAAUAGACUUUGUGACCCACUUAUUGUAAGGUAUUGCAAGGUCACUUUGCGUGUGUCAUAAAGCUGACUUCCUUAUUGGUUGAAGGUCACAGGAGUAGUGGUUUGCUUUUGAUGAAAAUAGCUACAACUGUGUUCCUCUCUGCUUUUCACUUUCUUUUUUUCCUUUCCUUCCUAUGUCUUCUUCCUCUUUUUGCUUUUUCUGGGCACGUGGUUUCUCCACUGUUACUUCUGCACAAAGAUGUCUUCUGUUCAACCUGAACAUUUUUAAAAAUGCAGAAUUUUAUGUGACUGCUUUUUUGCCUCACAAUUAUGCUGUGAAUUUUACAAAUUUUUUUUCUUUUUUGAUAAUUUAUUGUACCAAAGCUGUUUUUAUAGCACAUAGAUGUCUGUAACCAAUAAUGUAGCAGUUCUGCACUUUGACACAAGGUGUAACUAGACCAUUUUUAAAUGUCAGUUGAAAAUUAUGGCUGUACUAUUGCUUAAACAAAACUGGAACUGUUGUUUAUUCAUAGCCAAUACAUUUACAACAGUCUGUGUAUUGAACAUGAUAGAUAGGACAUCUAAUUCAACACUAUAACAUCUGUUACAUUAUAAACGUGUUAAAGCUUCUGAAAGUAAAAGGGACAGUAAAGCCAGAAGCUAUGAAACCAGCAGUUAAUUUGUUAUACCCCUUAUUAGCAUAAAUGUAAACCUGAAGGCAAGACCUUGAUUGCAUGAACAGAUCCAAAACACUAAGAUGAGUGAAAUAAUUAAAAAAAAAGGCUCAAGUGAAAUCUGAGGCUGAGUAGGCUGUACUUAACAGGAGGUCUGCUGCCUUAAUUUAACAUAAUCAGCAUGGCAGUUGGCUAAAUUUCAGAACCCUUUUGAAGAUUUUUGAAAUUACGAAUACGAACAUUGUGAAUAAAAUAGAGGAAUUGGGGUAAUAAAGUGGUUAUCUUUCCAGAUUAACACUGUUUUGCCCUUUACAUGAACAGAAGCAGUAAUCUACCUCUGCCAGUAAACCAGUUUAAAAGGCCAUUCAACAAGAUACCGUGCACUUCAGACUGGUUAGUCCUUAUAGCAAACUAGGUCGGUUCUUCUGAACAAAUUUUUUUCUUUCUUUUUUAUAAUCAUUCCUUAUAUUGGCAAAAGAGAGGCUGAAUGCAGUGGAAGUAUGAAAGAAUGCUUUAGAAAUAAGGAGUUUUUGUAAAGCAACUUUUUUAUCAAGGUAUCCAUAUUUAUUUUAUAUUGCGAUCUCAAGCCUGUGAAUUGAUGUUUUUGAACUUCUGCAGUUCAAAAAUGUUUGCUGGGCAAAAGGCUGUCGUCACAACAAUGGAGCAUUGAGCUUAGCAAUACAAAACAGAAUCCAAUAUGUACUGCUGUCUAGGAAUAUAAGGGUAACAAAUAUGGGUAAUUUUUCUUGUGCUGGUUGCCAUACCUUAACAAGCACCAAAAAUACUGUUUUAAAAUUUACAUAAAGAAAAAUCAUAAACUCCAGUGCUUCUGCAUACUGUGUUAUGUUACAGUCCAGUUUUGUGUGCUUUACUACACAGUUUGGUUACAGGACUUCUGUGCAUUGUAAACAUAAACAGCAUGGAAAAGGUUAAAUACCUGUGUUCAGAUUGUAAGAUCUAGUCCGGACUUGCUGUGUAUAUUGUAACGUUAAAUGAAAAGACAAGCCCUUUGUAUUAUAGUCAUGCAGUCUUAUGUAUGAUAAACAGUUGAAUAAUUU